AUGACUCGGGCACCAUCAUCUACGGUGUAUGAUUAUGAUUUUAUGGACCAAAUUGGUGUGGGCUCUUAUGGAUGUGUCUACCGAGCAAAGCAUAAAGUCACGAACUCUAUGGUGGCAGUGAAAGUCAUGAAGAAAAAAGGUAGAAAGUCAUCCGAAAACAACCAUUGGCAAGAAUACAAAACUAUGAAACGACUUUCGAACCAUCCUAAUAUUGUGCGUCUCUAUGAAGGAUUCACUGGACCCACGAAAGAACUUUAUUUUGUAAUGGAAUUUAUGAAUGGUGGGAAUCUAUAUCAAUAUCUGAAAGAACAAAGGGUAUCCAGAAAGAUACCAACAGAAUCACAAGUACGUCAUAUUUUACGACAAAUAUUAGACGCUUUAGCUUCAAUGCAUGAUCAAGGUUACUUUCAUAGGGAUCUCAAACCAGAAAAUCUACUAGUGGAAACCAACCAAGAACAUCCUACUCAACUGACCAUUAAAUUAGCGGACUUUGGUUUGGCACGAGAACUUAAAAGCAAGGCACCAUAUACGGAUUACGUUAGUACCCGAUGGUAUCGCUCUCCAGAAGUUUUACUAAAAGCGUCUGUGUACUCCUCUCCUGUGGAUAUUUGGGCUGUGGGCGUAAUAAUGGCGGAGCUAUACACUUUAUUUCCCCUGUUCCCUGGACAAUCCGAAAUUGAUCAGUUGUACAGAAUAUGUGAAAUCCUUGGCUCACCUGGCACAAAUAUCAUUUCAAGAAAGAAGAACAAGAUAAGAAGCAAUGGAUUUUCCCGAAAAAAGUCUGAUAUCUCGCUUUAUUCUUCUACAAAUAUGGCAACAACAUCCACUGGUAUCCUCAACGAAAGAACAUGUACUCUAGGUGAAGGUGGUGAAUGGAAGGAAGGAGCCAAGUUAGCUCAGAAGAUAGGAUUCCAAUUUCCUCAGGUCGAACCAAAAGGUCUUUCAUCAGUAUUACCAAAAGCAUCCAAUUUGAUGAUAGAUUUGCUACGACGUCUGUUAUUAUUUGAACCUGAAAAACGAUUAUGUGCACGGGAUGCCUUGUGUCACCCAUUCUUUAUU